UAAAUCUUCGGAUAAUAUUCGGCCGCUCCCCGACUGAGGCUCCGGAGAACGGAAAAAGGAACGGAGAUACCCCAACGCAAAACCCAGCCCUUCUCUUUUCGGCUUCCCACCCGCUCGAGACUCAUAAGGACGGUAAAAGAGAGAGGGGAAAAUCGGGGGAAAACAUGGGAAAAAUCCACGAAAACAUAGUAAAGACGGAAAAUAUUGGAAGGUAAGACCUUUUCCCACAUGGACUGCUCUUUUUUUUUUUUCCUUUUCACUUCUUUUUCUUUUCAUUUCAUUCUCUUUUUCGAAGAUCUAUGGGGAAGGAGAGCACCUGAGGGAGAUCGGAGGGGUUUCAUAGGUUCCGGUUGGGGCUUUUUUUUCUCAAGCAUAAGGGAUUUUGUGCGAGUUGUGGCGGUGUGAGUUGGUCCCUCGAGGUUUUGAGAGCUUAAUCUUGGUAGAAGCAUGAUAUUUUGAAUGAUUUAGGGGAUUUUGAUCGACGAGUGGGAUGGGAAGCUACGGAAGAAUGGGAGGCGCGUCCUCUCGCUGCAGUAGACACAACCAAGGGAAGGGGAUUCUAUCGUUUUUCUUUUUUUGAGGGGAGGAUUACCGGCCUGAGUUUGGGAUGGGUUUGGAUAGUUAGAUUUUAAACGGGUUCGGAUAUGGGUAGGGCAAAAUUUGCGGGUACCCUACCGUUGCCAUCCCUACUUUUCCCUCUUCUACGCCGUGAGAACCUCCCACUUCGAUGCUCUUCCGACCGAAGUUCCGUCCUUCCUGCCGAUUCCCUCCUCCGCUUCCAGGCCCCAAGCCCUCGAUUUCCUCGGCGGCGGCGGAAGCGGCGGACGAUUUCCUUAUUGAUUCGUCGACAUCCCAGAAUCCUCUGAGAGAAAUAAUAACCCUAGCGAAACAAGGGCGUGCGCGACUGUUUCUUCCCUCUAAUCGGACGCGGGUCGAUAGGAAAUCUCGCGGCACCACGAAAGAUGGAAACUUUAUGGGCAGGGAGGUGGCGAGCACUAGAUUUGAGGAUGCCAGGCUUGCUCGUCUGGAGACUUGCCAUGCUUUGGCUCAAGAGGGGAGGUUGGAGGAGAUGAAGAGGGUUUUGAGGCAAAUGCUGCAUGGAGAAGGGUCUGGUUCGGCACCAUCCCUUUGUGAAUUGCUUCAGAAUAAUUUCAGAGACUGGAAUUCUUGUAGUAUAGUAUGGGACAUGCUGGCAAAUGUUUAUGCUAGAUUGGAAAUGAUUCAUGAUGCCCUUUAUGUUCUCAGCAAGAUGGACAGCCUGAACAUGCAAGCUUCAAUAUUCACUUACGACAGUUUGAUGUACAAUUUAAGACAUACAGACAUGGUUUGGGAUAUCUACAAAGAAAUCAGAGCCCGUAGGGUUUCUCAUAGUGAAUACACAUAUGACAUCCUCAUUGACAGUCUUUGCAAGCAGUCGAGGUUGCAGGAUGCCAUAUCCUUCUUCCAAGAGAUGCAGGGUCAAAAAGAAAUCAAGCCUUGCGUCAUCACUUUGAACACCCUCAUGUCUGGAUUAUGUAAUGCAGGUUUGGUAGAGCUUGCCAAAUCUAUCUUCUCUCAGAUGCUUAAAUAUGGGUUGCAUCUGGAUAGAUACAGUUACAAUACUCUCAUACAUGGGCUAUGUGUAGCAGGUUCUGUGGAGGAAGCUUUGAAGCUUUCUGAGGACAUGGAGAAGGAUGGCAUAUUGCUUGAUGUUGUGACAUAUAACAUCCUCAUAAAUGGAUACCGUUUACUUGGGCUGAUUAGUGAGGUUUGGAAGCUCAUCAAGAUGAUGAUUUUACAGGGACUGAAGCCAGACCUUGUUACUUACACUAUACUGAUUACAGGGCAUUGUGAGAAGGGGGAUGUUGAAGAGGGGUUGAGGGUGCGCAGGGAGGUCAUUGCUCGAGGGAUUCAGUUGAACAUUGUUGCAUACAGUGUGCUUUUGAGUGCUCUGUUUAAAAAGGGGCAAAUUGGUGAAGUACAUCAGUUGCUUGAUGAGAUAGGAGCUAUUGGUUUGCACAUGGAUUUGGUAGCAUAUUCCAUCCUGAUCCAUGGAUAUUGCAAACUAGGAGAAAUUGAAAGGGCACUUCAAGUAUGCCAAAUGAUGUGCUCCAAACAAGUGAUGCCUAAUUCAUUUACUCAUGGGGCAAUUCUUUCAAGCUUGUGCAAGAAAGGGAUGCUGGUGGAAGCAAGGUGGUAUUUGGACAAUUUAGCCACUAACAGUCAGAUGGUGGACAUCAUUUUGUACAAUAUUGUGAUUGAUGGCUAUGCAAAAAUUGGUGAUGUUGAUGGUGCACUUGAGUUGUAUGAACACAUACUUAAGCUAGGGUUGUCUCCAAGUAUUGUCACAUAUAAUACCCUAAUCUUUGCCUUUUGCAAGAUUAGAAAGUUAACUGUGGCUGAGCACUUUCUUAGGCAAAUUGAACUUAAUGGAUUCAAUCCGACAGUAGCGACCUACACCACUCUUAUGGAUGCAUUUGUUGGAGCUGGGAAUACUGAUUUAAUGCUAAGAAUGUUUGAUGAAAUGAUUGAGAAAGCAGUCAUGCCCAAUGUUAUUACAUACAGUGUAGUUAUGAAGGGGCUCUGUAAGCAAGGUAGGCUACAAAAGGCUGUUGCCAUUCUCAAUGAUAUGCAUAUAGCAGGGUGUCGGGUUGAGGAAGUUCGCUUACACCACAGUAGUCAAAGCACAAUGUGCAAAAGGAAUGCCAGAUAAAGCCAUUAUGCUCUUUGACAGAAUUAUAAGAUCUGGGUUUGAAGUUUCAAUCAAAGAUUUCAGUGCGGCAAUCAAUCGAUUAUGCAAAAGAAAUUUUGUAAAUGAAGCAACAAUAUUUCUAAAGAUGAUGUUAUAUGUUGGCAUAUACCCGGAUGAGGAGCUGUGUAGUGUUAUAUGUAGUGCUUUCAUCAAGAAAAAUGAGCUGCAGUCAUUAUUUGCAUUGCAAGCUCUGAUUGUCAAAAGUGGUAUUCUUGCCUGGGAUAUCCAGUAAGGAGUUUAUGUAUGAAGCAUAGCAAAUUCAAGGGAGCCUAUAUGUUCAAGAUUGUGGAUGCCACUGUUUCUUUGUGGAUGAGGUAUUGUACCCAGAAAGUCUUUCAACAGAG